AUGCAAUACAAUUCUGCUUUAACAUGUGUUUCAUGCUCAUUAUAUCAAUAUAAAACUUUUAAAAAUAACAGAGGCUUGCGAUUAUAUUGGCAAAGAGUUUAUCAAAGCAAAAAUAGCAACUAUUCUAAUCAAAGACAUACCAAUACCUCUAUUUUCUCAUGUGUUUUCUGUAUUUUGUGUCCUAAAAAAGGUUACAAAAACCAAAAAGGUUUAAGUCGUCAUGAAACUAUAGUUCAUUCACAUUAUAAUACACCACAAGCUGGGCUUAUUCCACAACCAUUAGAAGCAAUUAUUGAAUUUAAAAGCACAUUAAUUUACAUGAUACAAAUUAAGCUAAAAACUAGUGCAAAAGAAGUAAGACAGCAAGUAAUUACAAUGCCAUGUCUUGAAAAUCAAUUCAUUAGUGUUAAUGCUUAUGAAAGUUUAGGGCAAAUUUUUGGUGAUGAAAAGUGGGAAGUUCAUGAAUAUGAAAACAAACAACAAACCUGGGUAAUUUUAAAUAUGUCAGAAGAUGAAGAGGUGAAAUGUUUAAGAACAAUUAAGAAAACAUCAUCAAAUUGA